UUGUGAAGACGACCUCUCCGAGGACAGAGAGGAGCUCCUGCAUGGUAUCUCAGAGCUGGACAUCAGCAACUCGGAUUGCUUCCCAUCCCAGCUGCUCGUGCACGGGGCUUUGGCUUUUCCCCUGGGGUUAGAUUCCUACCAUGGCUGUGUUAUAGCGGCUGCCCGCUAUGGCCGGGGCCGGGUGGUUGUGACUGGCCAUAAAGUAUUAUUCACAGUGGGUAAACUGGGCCCCUUUCUGCUCAAUGCUGUCCGCUGGCUGGAUGGGGGCCGCCGAGGCAAAAUCGUGGUGCAGACCGAGCUGAGAACACUGAGCGGCCUGCUCGCGGUGGGAGGCAUAGACACCAGCAUUGAGCCCAGUCUGACCAGUGACGCGAGUGUCUAUUGCUUUGAACCCGUGAGUGACGUGGGGGUCAAGGAGCUGCAGGAGUUUGUGGCAGAGGGCGGCGGGCUGUUUGUUGGAGCCCAAGCCUGGUGGUGGGCCUUCAAGAACCCAGGCGUGUCCCCCCUGGCUCGAUUCCCUGGAAACCUGCUCCUCAACCCCUUUGGCAUCAGCAUCACCAGCCAAAGCCUCAACCCAGGGCCCUUCCGUACCCCUAAAGCGGGGAUAAGAACCUAUCACUUCCGCUCCACUCUGGCCGAGUUCCAGGUGAUAAUGGGCAGGAAGAGAGGGAAUGUGGAGAAGGGCUGGCUGGCAAAGCUGGGGCCAGACGGUGCAGCUUUCCUCCAGAUUCCCGCGGAAGAGAUCCCUGCCUACUUGUCGGUGCACCGACUCCUGCGGAAGCUGCUGAGCCGCUAUAGGCUCCCAGUGGCCACCCGAGAGAACCCCGUUAUCAAUGACUGCUGCAGGGGGGCCAUGCUUUCCCUGGCCACGGGCUUGGCCCACUCUGGAAGUGAUCUCUCGCUGCUAGUCCCAGAAAUUGAAGACAUAUACAGCAGUACCUAUCUGCGCCCUUCAGAGUCUCCCAUCACCGUGGAAGUCGAUUGCACCAAUCCAGGCACCCGAUACUGCUGGAUGAGUACCGGCCUCUACAUACCUGGAAGACAAAUUAUAGAAGUCUCAUUGCCUGAAGACGCAGCCUCUGCUGAUCUGAAGAUACAAAUUGGCUGCCACACGGAUGACCUGACCAGGGCCAGCAAGCUGUUCAGAGGCCCACUUGUGAUUAACCGAUGCUGCUUGGACAAACCCACGAAAUCGAUCACCUGCCUCUGGGGUGGCCUGCUCUAUAUCAUCGUACCUCAGAGCAGCAAGCUGGGUUCUGUGCCCAUCACCGUUAAGGGGGCUGUGCAUGCUCCAUAUUACAAACUGGGGGAGACAACCCAGGAAGAGUGGAAAAGGCGUAUCCAGGAGCAUCCAGGUCCCUGGGGCGAGCUGGCCACUGACAACAUCAUCCUGACUGUGCCGACAGCAAAUCUGCGUGCCCUGGAGAACCCUGAGCCUCUGCUCCGCCUCUGGGAUGAGGUGAUGCAGGCUGUGGCUCGGCUGGGAGCUGAGCCCUUCCCUUUGCGUCUACCUCAGAGGAUUGUGGCCGACGUGCAGAUCUCAGUUGGUUGGAUGCAUGCAGGAUACCCCAUCAUGUGCCACCUGGAGUCAGUGCAGGAGCUCAUCAAUGAGAAGCUUAUCAGGACCAAGGGGCUGUGGGGCCCUGUCCACGAGCUGGGCCGCAACCAGCAGCGGCAGGAGUGGGAGUUCCCACCUCACACCACCGAGGCCACCUGCAAUCUGUGGUGUGUUUACGUUCAUGAAACAGUCCUGGGCAUUCCUCGAGGCCGUGCCAAUAUUGCCCUGUGGCCCCCUGUUCGGGAGAAGAGAGUCCGAAUUUACCUGGGCAAGGGGCCCAAUGUGAAGAACUGGAAUGCAUGGACUGCACUGGAAACAUACUUGCAGCUCCAAGAGGCCUUUGGUUGGGAGCCGUUCAUCCGUCUUUUCACUGAGUACAGGAACCAGACCAACUUGCCCACAGACAAUGUCGACAAAAUGAAUCUGUGGGUUAAGAUGUUCUCCCACCAAGUGCAGAAGAAUCUGGCUCCGUUCUUUGAGGCCUGGGCCUGGCCAAUCCAGAAGGAAGUGGCUACCAGCCUGGCCUAUCUGCCUGAAUGGAAGGAAAAUAUUAUGAAAUUGUACCUCCUCACACAGAUGUAAGGAGUGCCCAUCGAGGUGGCAGGCCCCACUGAAAUUGAAGUCAAGAAACACAAAAGAGAAUUGACAUGUCUCAGCAAAGAAAACUGUAGGCAUUUGGUUGGAGAUCUCCACACAUUCCUGGAAGAGAGAAUGUGGCUGUAGCAUGAUAAUGAAUUGAAGAGUGAAGGUACCUUUCAGACAGAUGAUAAAUUGAUUUGAACAACGUAACCCCAAAGAGACUUGAGCACCGAAAAAGUCUGUCUACUAAAGAAUUGUACCAGUUGUAAAUUGAUCCCUGUCCUACUCUGCCCCCCCUUGUGCACAGAACACAGGCAACCUAUUAUUGGUAUCAGUUUAUCGUUGUUGUUGUUGUUGUUUGUAUAAAGGACUUGAAUAAACCACCUGAGGAGAGGUAAGAGUUGGUACUCUAAAUAAAAUUAUUCUUUUUUGGGGGAAAUAAGUGCCCCCAAGUCUACCAGGUAACUCUGAACUGAGAGUCCUGACCCCUAGUCAAGUGCCCAGGGCUUCUAGUCACAGAAGAGAUGUUCUGUAGAAACAGAUCUGACCACACAACUGCAUAGGAAACCCAUAACAACUGCUAUAAAAGUCAGUAGUUAAUAUUGAUGUUUAAAUACGAAUUUUCAGCUAGGAAUUCCCAGCCAUGGAAGGGAGGAAGAAAGAUCAGGGGAGAAGCAUAAGGAAAAUAGCUACAGAAAAUUAAGGGGAUUGAGAAAUACUACAAAGUCUGGAAGAAACAAAGUGAAUGUGGGAAAAAAAAAA